GGAUUUUUGUUGUUUCAGGUACUCCAUGGAAAAUCAACAGUCCAUUCAAUUUUAUAUGUGUCUGAUGCUCCUUAUGCAAUCAGCUAUGUUUUUGACUGGUGUUGGUUCUUCAUCUCCAAGCGAUGUAAGUGGGCGUAAUCUGAAUGUUGAUAACAACAGUGACCAAACUACCAGCUCCUUGCGAUACUCUUGGAGAUAUCUUAUGGAUUCAUACUUUGAGAAACAUAACAGCCUUCUGGAUGCUGAUUUCCAUGAUUUCUUAGCACAUAAACUUCCCCUUGACUCCUGUAAAAUGCUGCCACCUGAUCUUACUUCUAUGCUAAAGAUGUCAAUACUACAGCGUCAUCUGAUUGGUGAAGGUUCUCAUCGCCAUUUAAUUUCCUCUAUCAAAAUUAAUAUCCAACCAGGGGCCAUAGCUGAGCUGUCUACUCACUCUUGUGAUGCCAUAAUCAUUGAAAGAUUACCCUCUGGAGUUUUCGCAGAUCCAUUUGAGUUACAACAUCUUGUUGAGCAUGGAGUCUUCAAGAAUGUUGCCGUUUUGGGAGACACAAAUUUGGAAUUACCUUCUGCACUUUCCAACCAAUCAGUUGUUGAGGUUCACAUGAACAUUAGUCACAACAUUCUAUCAACACAUGAGGAAGGGAUCGAGUUGAAGAUUGAGCUUCCAUUACAUGCACGAUAUCCGGCUCUUGAUGGGAGCGGUUAUUCAACAAUUCAUAUGGAUCUGCCAAACUUGUUUAUUAAUUGCAGUAUAAAAGGAAAUUCACAUCAUCAAAACUGCUUAUGGAUGCCAGUGACUAAGGACUCUACUUUAAGAACCAGCAUUGUGUGGAAAAUACCUUCUGGAAACAUGGAACAUGCCAAAUUUGUAUCAGCUGUUACUUUUAUUUCAGCAUUAUCAUCCACUCUUUUAAUUGUUGUAACAUCAAUAUAUUCUUCGCUCAUCAAGUUGAAGUCAAAACAUUCAUAAUAUCUU